AUGCCGGGACCGCUUUUGUACACCAGAGUGGGCGACAGCCUGCUUUUCAAGCCAUCUACUACUUCCCAGAGUGAAGCGGUGUUGUCUAUCUCGCAUCACGAUUCGGGCGUGACACUCGUAGACCCCAGCAACUUCCCUAAAGAUGGAGAAACUCGCAAGAUCGCAGGCCUGAUCGGGAUAUUACAUUUGCGCAAUAGUCGCGUGGUGCUAACGGCGGACCGCGUGGAGGUGGUGGGAAACCUGGGUGCCCAUUCUCUUUUCAAAGUGACGGCGCACUCUUUGGUGCUGGUCAACACCAGUAUCCGGCCAUCUGCAGAGGACAACCAGUAUCUUGCGCUACUGCGCGACCACCUCGCGAAGGCAACGCUGUACUAUUCGUACACGUAUGACUUGACGCACUCUGUGCAGCGCAACGAAGGGUUGGGGCCAGCCUCGUGGCGCACUGCAGACACGCGGUUCUUCUGGAACUACUAUGCCACAGAGCCGCUGCGAAACCUGGCGGAGGAAAACGCUCUGGCGAACGAGUUCGUUCUGCCGCUAAUCUACGGCUACGUCAAAGUGGUAGACACUGUGUUGCAGAGUACGCCAGUUAGUGUGGGUCUGAUCACGCGCCGGAGCAGAUUCAGGGCGGGUACAAGAUACUUCAGGCGCGGUGCUGAUGCGGACGGGAAUGUUGCGAACUUCAACGAGACGGAGCAGGUACUGCUGGUGCCCCAGCGCGACUCUGGCCGUACACACUGGAUCUCGUUCCUGCAGACCAGAGGCUCCGUGCCAGUCUACUGGGCGGAAGUCAACAACCUGAAGUACAAGCCUGAUCUGAUGUUGAGCGACACGGGUUCUCUAGAUGCCUGCGCCAAGCACUUUUCAGAGCAGAAGAAGCUGUACGGCGAUAACUACCUGGUGAACCUGGUAAACCAGAAGGGCUAUGAGUUGCCGGUCAAGGAAUCCUACGAGAGUUCUGUCGCAACGCUGAAUGACCCGCACUUGCACUACGUCUACUUUGACUUCCAUCAUGAGUGCCGCAAAAUGCAGUGGCAUCGGAUCAACGUGCUAGUCGAGCAACUACGGCAGAUGGGACUGGACAGCAUGGAUGUAUUCCACAAGGUUACGAGUGCAGAAGGUGACACGGAAACUGUUGUUUCCAAGCAGAAGUCCGUCGUCCGUACCAACUGCAUGGACUGCCUGGACAGAACGAACGUCGUGCAAUCAGUAUUGGCGGGGUGGGUGCUCCAGCAGCAAUUGGAGAACGCCUCGGUACUCCCUGCAGGUGUUUCAUGGAAGGAGGACUCCACACUGCUCAAUGAGUUCCAAAACUUUUGGGCUGAUAACGCGGAUGCCAUCAGCAAGGCUUAUUCUGGAACUGGCGCGCUGAAGACAGACUUCACACGUACCGGCAAGCGCACCUACAUGGGGGCUUUCCAAGAUUUCGUCAAUUCUGUGUCUCGGUACUAUCAGAACAACUGCACCGACGGACCAAGGCAAGACAGUUAUGAUUUGUUCUUAGGAAACUUCAGGCCCUACCACACUUCUGUACCCUCUCCGUUCAUUGACAAGAGACCUCUAUUUAUCCAGCUCUUGCCAACUAUCAUCUAUGCUGCGCUGACCGUGAUAGCCGCCACGGUUUUCUUCCCAAAGGGUCAUUUCUUGAACCGCAAGAACCUACAGUUUUUCAUUGGCUCAUCAUUGGUAGCACUAUUCGCCCUUCGUGUCAUUUUCAUUAACGGAAUGCAGUACGUCAACUGGCCGAAACUGACCGAUCUUGGAUUCGUCGUUGCUGUGCAGACCCACAACAAAGAACAGGUAUUCAAAGGAAUUCAAUACAGACCAAGUUCACACUUUGUUAAACCUCCUCUACUGAAGCGCGACUAG